GAGAGAGAGAGGUUCACUGGUUCACUCCCGAAUGACCACAAAGGCCAGAGCUGAGCUGAUCCGAAGCCAGGAGCUUCUAGGUCUCCCACGUGGGUGCAGGGGCCCAAGGACUUGGGCCAUCUUCCACUGCUUUCCCAGGCCAUAGCAGAGAGCUGGAACGGGAGCAGAGCAGCCGGGACUAGAAUCGGAGCCCAUAUGGGGUGUCGAUGCUGCAGGCUGGGGCUUAACCCGCUGCGCCACAGCGCUGGCCCCCACGGUUUCUUAGCAAAGCACACAAGGCCUUCUAUGGAACCACUACUAACCUGUCAGUUUUCACCAUGCCCUACCUAGCUCACAUCCCGGCAGUACAAAACUGCAUUUGCUUCCGCACACAUUUAAGACUUUGUAAACUGCUCUCUGCCUCAGAAAGAGAAGUCUGUUCUGCUGGUUCUUGCUUUACCAUUUGUUUUGAUGAGAAACUUGCGCUUAAUUUUUAUAAAAUGACCUAUACUGUAACUUAAACUUUGCUUUAAACCUAUUCAUCAUCCCAGAGAAUGACAGUAUAUAAAUCCAGUUUCACUGAUGAUUUGCGGGGCUCGCCUGUCUUCCCCUCUAGGCUGGGGGCUAAAAGGCAGGAUCUGGGCGUCUUGCGCAUCGCAGCCUCAAAGCCUGGCACACUCCCCAGCCGAAGGUGCACUAAGUGUCCUGCUCAAAUCCUACAGCACAGGGAGAGAACCCAGGCGGCUUGCUCCUUACCCAGUUCCUCCAACGGCGCCCAGGGCCCGAUUCUCUUUAGGGAAGAAAGCCGACAGAGGGUCGAGCCUAUCGCCCUGUUUCCCCGCCUUGCCGCCCACCCAGGGUCACGGCUACAGGACGACUUAAGUUGGUGCACCGCCCACCUCCCCGACUCGCUACUACGUCCGCAGAUUCACACCGGAUCCUACCCUCCCUCUUCACCGCCGGUGGGAGCGCGUCGGCCACCCAGGACCAGCCCCUCCUCCCUUACCCGCAGUGACGCCCCUUCCACUAAAUUUGGUCUCCGGAGGGCGGCGCCUGCGCGCUUCCGUAUUACGGCGGAACUAAUCAGUCGACGCCUGCGCUUUGACGCAUCUGGUGCAGGGAAGGGAAAGGGAGGGGGACUGCAGAUGCGUCACACCCGGAAGCAGAGAGCCGGAAGUGGGGUUGGACAGGAGAACCGGAGCCUAACCAUCAAACUUCGGAAACGGAAGCCAGAGAAGAAGGUGGAAUGGACAAGUGACACUGUGGACAACGAACAUAUGGGACGCCGCUCAUCAAAAUGCUGCUGUAUUUAUGAGAAACCUCGGGCCUUUGGUGAGAGCUCCACGGAGAGUGAUGAGGAGGAAGAUGAGGGCUGUGGUCAUACACACUGUGUACGGGGCCAUCGCAGAGGACGGCGUCAUGCAGCCCUGGGACCGACUCCCAGCACCCCUCCCCAGCCUCCUGACCCCUCCCAACCCCCUCCAGGGCCAAUGCAGCACUAAAUUCCUCUCUCCCCCACCAUUCCUGUGUCUGUCUGGCCCUGAAUGUGUCCAUGUGGCUACUUGGGGACUAAACCCAUGGUUUCAUCCCUUCUCCAGCCCACUCCUUCCCUAUUCUCUACCAGAUAGAGAGAAAAGGAAGAGGAAGUGGACAGGGAUCCUGGAAUUCUGACUUGCUGCUAUUCCAGAACCCAGGUUUCUGGGUUUCCCUCAGCCCUCAUUUCUCCUCUCAAUACCCACCCUCCUCUCUCCAGGGAUCCAGGCAUUUGGUCCCAGUCUCCUCCCUUUGUUCUCACUGCCAAACUGCCUGUCCUGGGAUCCAGUAAUCUUGGCCCCCUGCAUUCUCAACUUGAGUCCCAAAUACUUAAAUUGAGUUUCCAACUGUCUUAGCUUUCACUGCCAGGGUCCCAGUCAGAUUCCAGGCAAUCUCACCUUAGCUAUGCUUGUUAAUUCUGGCUUAGAGCUCCUCUACUAAAGUAUUUAUGUAACCCAAUUCUGUCCUUGCCUGUGGGAUAUGAGGUCUUGUGAGAGACCUCAGGCCUUCCAGCCCCUCCCCUCCUGCCUAUACUUCAUGCACUCAAGAGGAAUUAGGAGAGAGGUCUUUGUUCUUCUCACCUCUAAUGGAAAAUAGCCUUGUCUUCUGUGCCCACAAUUGCCAUGUGAGUUAGGAUUUCUGACAAAGCUGGCUUGAGACAGGUCAGUUAGAGCCAACUAUCUCCUCAGCCUGUGGUCUUUGAGCUUCAGAGAGAGGUACAACAUAGUCGCAGGGUCCCUAGUCUAUGCAAGGAGAUGAGUGUGUGUCCCCUGUACUGCACUCUUGCCCCUUCCUUCCAAGGCUUUGAUGUCUGCCAGCCCCAAUGUCCCGCUCUCUCCACCUUCCCUGCCCCUUACUCUGGGAUCUGGUCAUCAUUUUCCAGGCCUCUUGCCAUGCACAGUUAUCAGAGAUCAAUCAAAUCCAUACCACCACUGAGAUCUCGUUUAUUGCCACAGAUGCGCAAAAUAAAUAACCCAACAUUGCAAAAUGUGUUAAA